AUGGCCUUGUUCAGAGGCUGGCUCGUGCCGGUGGCCAUCCUCCUUGCUAUUUUUCCCUCAAAAUCAACCGCCGCGUGUUACUACCCCAAUGGAAAGCUAGCACCCAACGACACGCCCUGUCGAGAUGACACUUCUAACUCCGUCUGCUGCGGCCAGGGAUACGCUUGUCUCUCUAACGGAAUCUGCCAGGCCACCGGAGAGGAAUUGCUAAAGCCCGGGGCGACUGAGUUUGUUCGUGGCGGGUGUACCGACAAGACCUGGCGAAGCUCAAACUGCCCUUCCUUCUGUGUUGAUACCAAUGUCGAUAACCUCACUGGCGGAAUGGGUAUAGCCAAGUGUCCCAACACCUCCAAGGACAUGUAUUGGUGUAUAAACAGGAAUCAAGGGUCUGUCAACUGCACCGAACAACAGAAUGUCCUGUUCUUUCCAGGAACUCCCACUGUAAUAACGACCAUCGGUGUUUCUCCUUCCACAACAAGCCGAGCUACUUCCACGGUCUCAACAUCUAGUGCCAAGCUAGAUUCAACAGCAACGACUACGUCAGCUACUACUACGACAGCUGAUGCAACUACGACAAGCGAACCGAGAACGGGCGGUAACAGUGCCGAUAACCAUAAGGGUCCAAUCAUUGGCGGCGCGGUUGGAGGAGCGUUUGCUGUCUUACUCAUUGGCUCGCUUGCAAUCUGGCUGAUCUGGAAACAUCGUAAGAGGAGAGCUCAGGUGAUGCAGGUGCAGACUCAUCAACUCCAAGAACAGACACCCAAGUCACCAUAUAAGACGCAGAACUCCACCGAUACCCAGCCUCGUGGUCCCCACGAGGCCCCGACAGAGUCCUGGACCUCAUAUUCCCAAUCCACCGGCGCUUUGGUCGAGAUAUCGGGAAUUCAAAGGCCACAGGAAAUGCCUACUGCCUUUAAUAUGCGAUGA